GCGAGAGAGAGCUCUUGUCGGUGCUUGACAUCGGGUUGACAUCGUGGCCCGUGGAAGCCCGUCAGUUUUCGGGCCGUGGCCGUGCUCGGGGGUGAGGAUCGGCGUGGGAGCGGUCGCCAGUGGGUUCCUCGUGUUCGAGCAUGUGCGGCCUGCGGCGGCCGCGCCCGGGCGGGCCGCGCUGAGAGCGGAUUCCGCGGGCGCGUCUACCAUGCGCGAUUGUCCCAGGCGGCGGCCGCGCUGCGCCUGACGCGCCUUGAUCGGACCGGGACGACGCGGCGACGAGUCACCGUCUAGCUGGGACCCCUGGAAAUGGCUUCGGGGGACAACGUGGACGUCAUCGAGGUCGUCGAAACGAGCCUCGCGGGCCCGGCGAGGCACGCCGAGGACGCGCCCGACGACGAUGAUAAGUCCACGGGGGAAAAGGUCACGGCCUUCGACAGCUCGGCCCUUCAACAUGGCGGCGGAGGACCGAAGACCCCGGUCGGGGUGUCCAGGAACAAGUCGGAGCGCGAGCGCAAGAUCGGUCAUCGCAGGGUCGGUGUCGGCGGCGAGAUCACCUACAAAAAGAUACAAACUACACAAAUCAUGGGAUCCAUUCAGCUGGGGAUACAACACGCGGUCGGCGGUCUCGCGAGCAAACCCGAAAGGGACCUACUCAUGCAGGACUUCAUGACCGUCGAGACAACGAACUUCCCCAGCGAAGGGUCCAAUCACACCCCCGCCCAUCACUUCUCCGAGUUUAAGUUCAAGAAUUACGCUCCGAUCGCAUUUCGCUACUUUCGGGACCUCUUCGGCAUCCAGCCUGAUGACUUUUUGAUGUCGAUGUGCAGCGCCCCUCUGCGAGAACUGUCGAAUCCCGGGGCAAGUGGCAGUAUUUUUUACCUGACCGAGGACGACGAGUUCAUCAUUAAGACUGUCCAGCAUAAAGAGGGCGAAUUCUUGCAGACUCUUCUGCCCGGAUAUUACAUGAAUCUUAAUCAAAAUCCGCGAACGCUGCUGCCGAAGUUCUUCGGCUUGUACUGCUACCGCUGCAACAGCAAAAACGUGAGGCUGGUCGCCAUGAACAAUUUGUUGCCGUCGUCGGUGAAGCUGCAUCAAAAGUACGAUUUAAAGGGAUCAACGUAUAAAAGAAAAGCGUCAAGAAGCGAGAGGUCCAAGUCUUCGCCGACGUACAAGGACCUGGACUUCAUGGAACAUCAUCCCGAGGGCAUCUUCCUCGAGGCAGACACGUACGGUGCUCUUGUAAAGACUAUUCAACGAGACUGCAGGGUGCUGGAGAGUUUCAAGAUCAUGGACUACUCUCUUCUGGUCGGCAUCCACAACCUCGACCAGGCGUCGAGGGAGAAGACACAGGAACAAAGGCUCUCCGCGAGCGCCGACGAGGAGGCCGGAGAGUUGGGCUACGAGAGCGGAUUCAUCCAGGCCGAGAGGGAUCGAGAAAGAGAGGACCGAAUAGGAGCCACCGCUUUGAACAGGUCUCGUAGCAUAAAUCGGCAAAGACUGGUCGCUCAUAGCACGGCCAUGGAGAGCAUUCAGGCCGAGAGCGAGCCGAUCGACGAGGAAGACGACGUACCCAGUCCGGGCGGGAUCCCUGCGAGAAACGCGCGCGGCGAACGCCUCCUCCUCUUCCUGGGGAUCAUCGACAUCCUCCAGAGCUACAGGCUUAAGAAGAAGCUCGAGCACACGUGGAAGUCCAUGAUCCACGAUGGAGACACCGUAUCGGUGCACAGACCAGGCUUUUAUGCCCAGCGAUUCCAGGACUUCAUGGCGAAGACCGUCUUCAAGAAGAUACCGUCACUGGACCUGCCUGAGAUUAAGGGGAACCAUCGCAAAUUCCGUAACCUCGUCACCAGCUACAUAGCCCUGAAACAUUCCCCAUCGAAGAGAAAAAGCAUAACAAGGCCUCUGAGACCGCUAGAAGGUGACUUCGACUCCACGGCGGUGACGGCAACCGGAAGUUCGGCAAUGCAUGCUGCAUCACCCACAAAACCCGCGAGUCCGCCCUCACCAUCGGGCCUGCCAGCGGCCCCGGGUCCGGGGGGCCCCUCGCCCCCCUCGGUCCCGAUCGCCACCUCGACCCCCGUGAACCAGCCCACGGGGGGGCCGACGAGUCCGCCCGGGGUGGCGGGGGCGACCGCCCCCGUGGCCGAGCCGGGGUCGAACCUCCCCCGGGUCUAUCCGGCCGUCCUGAAGGGUCGCAGCGCCGCGAGCCCCCCGAACCCGAACCUGGUCCCUUCGGGGAAGGUCCCACCCCCUGUGCCCCCAAGGGGGUCCAUAUCAGCCCGGGGGAAGCCCGAGGAGCACCGAGUCGCCGCUUCCGGCCGAGGUGGCACCCUUCCCUCCGCCUGCUCCACCCCGCCCCCGCCCUUUGACGAUGCAGUCCGCUCGAACGACCAGACCCUGGCUUCCGGUGUUCAUCUUCAACAAGGAACCACCACGAUCCUGACCAGCGGUUCCAUCCACACCAAGCAGAACAGGAUCGUCCAUCACGUCACCCUGACCAAGACCUACCACGAUACCGUGAGCAUAUCGGACGUGCAUUUGGAGAGCAGCGGGAGCGGAAGCGGAAGCGGAGGUAGAGAAACGAAGUCUUCGUUGAGCGUAGAGAGUGGAGGGAGCAGCAGGGGUGGAGGUGGCCUCACCUGGACACCCCCCACGGGAAGCGUAGAAGGCUCGACGCCGACCUGGACCGAGGGAACCCCCUCCUUCACGGAGAGCUCCAGCAGCGGGGACAUCGGUUGCCCGACGACGCCCAUCAGGAGCGGCCAACGCGAGGACGAGGGCAGUCGGAUUGCAGCCACCGUCGAAGAGGCCCUGGCCAGCCUGACUACCGAAAUGGAAUCGCUGCGGCGCGAGUGAACGAGGGGGCAGAGGAACGAAAAGGUAGAACCUCGAGGUCCGAAAUGGUCGACACCAUGAAGAGCGACCUCGCCGGUCUUUAGCAUGACCUUACACGGAGAGGACUCGUCUCACCUAAUCGCUGGGAAGAUGGCCUUGAUUUUGUUUUAACUCCUCUCUUCUUCUUUUUUUUUUUAUUCUAUUCCCCAGCACCGAUCCGUGCGUGUCAGUGAUCUAUGAUCAGUGGUGCAGGACUCCGUAUCAAAAUGGGGAAUGGGGCGUUCGACCCUUAUCAGUCCUCGCGUUGUUCCUUAUCGAUACUUAACGAUCGUACUUAGCGCUCGAUCGGCGAUCGCCGCUGCAUAUCCGCGAAUACAUCGAGUUAUCGUGUUAUAUAUACAUAUAUCCUUAUAUCGUAAUAAUCUUCCAUGUAUAUACCGAUUGUGUGCGUGAGAGAGAGAGGGAGAGAGAGACUGCGAAGUAAGAGCGAGGAAGAGAGAAACACAGGUUAAAUCGGAAAUCCUUCACCGAGCGAUCGUUUCCCUGGGAACGGACAAAUCUUUUUUAGAAUUUGGCCUAAUCACCUUAUCAUUCGAGGCCUGAAAAAUCCUUAAAAAAUUGUUCAAUGCAAAAUUCAAAUCGUGUCAUUGAUCGAAUUCGCGGGAAUUCAGGACCCUACCUUUUGGGACUUAUUUGAGGGUCGAUUUUGAUUACGAAAGAAAUGUAGAGAAAAUAAAAGAAAAAAAUAUAUAUAUAUAAAUUGUUCCUAGGGGAUGAUCUCUUGGAUUUUGUGGAUUUCGAGGGUCAGGUGGAGCUGUCGAGGUGACAGUCGAUCGGCAGGGAAUUUCUCUAGGUCGAUGUUUAUUAUUACGAGGAGCGAUAUUUAGAGGUGCGGCUAGUUUAGCGAGUUUAGCGAGAACGUGCGUUUCGGUGUCGUUGCUUAAUGCUGUAACUAUAAACUAGGAGCACGAGGAGGCGUGUAAAUAGUGGUUGAAAAGGACGGUGAGGAGGAAAAUGGAGAAAAAAAAAAGAAAAAGAAGAGAUAAAGGUCCGACGAAAGGAACCUUCCUCGUCGAGGCCGAGCACCGUUCGCGUUGUACCUAUGUGUCUUACCUUCUGUCUGUCUCUGUCCUCUGUAAACUGUAUACAUAUUACGCAAUACUUCUCCGUGUGUAUCGUAACGAGGAGCUGUGUACCAUAUAGGCUCGGAUCGGGAGGAAUUACGAAGUUAAAUUAUACGAAGUUGAUAUGGCGCGUCCUAGGCGAAUCUUAGGAGAUAGCUCGAUAAUUGGACGCGCUGAUUAGGCGUCGUCGUAGUUGUGCCGAUGAUAAGUCGGGAGAUAGAGGUAACGAGGGAACGAGGGACUAGCGUGGACGUUUUGACAUGCCAAAAUGUUGUUCAUUCGUGUUACUCGAGAUUUAGGUACGGCGAGUCCUGGGCGUUUGCCAUUUAAUUGCGCCGGAGGACUGUGCGAUUUUAUAUUUCAAUAAUUUUACGCCGCAUCCCGGUAAUCGGAACUCGUUAUGAUUUACAGAAAACUGACGAUAGAUUGGUCUGUACGAAUUAAAUCGGGAUUUUCGAAUUUAUACAUCCGACGUCGGAAUUAUUAAGUGGUACUGGACAAGUGUCGUUGAAUUUUUUAUCGCCUCGAAUGACAAUUGACGAUUUGUCGUCCGCGAUUUAAUGGCAGAUGCAAGGAGACUUCGUCCGAAUUAGGAUCGUUAAAUACGACGAGCAAUUCCGCGCCGAAAGGAGAUAUUCAUUUAAAAGAAUAAUAAUUAAACUAGGCCGAGAGGCCGCUUCUGGGGACCCUUUGUCGGCACGUCGUUCGCCGAUCUAUCGAUGCCAAUAGUGAUCGAUUGAUCCGGCAUCGCGAGAUCCCCGAGGCGCUACAUAUAUAUAUCGCUGGUUAUCGUAAACGACAGAUUUUCUACUCGAGCGAGGAAUUGAUAGCACUAAUCAGGGCUCGACGAUCGCAUUUUUCUGUCAAUUCUUCGGGGAUUCAUUUUCGUUGAUAAUUUUUUUUCCCCCCUUUUUUUAUUACUCUAGGAACUUAUCAAGUGAUCGACUUCGUCUCGAAAAUCCCUAGAUGGCCCGGAAUAUCGUUUGCAUGGCCACUCGUUUAAUCUAUAGAUUUUUUACUCGAAGAAGGAAUUGACGUCAGCUGCGUGACAUUCCUUCCGCAUUUCUUAAUUGCAUUAAUUAUUUUUUUUUCACCGAUUUUCGCGCUCGAUUAAAUAACACUCGCUCGCCAUUCGGCAUCUCGAUCUUCUUCGCGUUGCACGAUUUUUUUGGGAGCAUGGACGGAAUUUGAAUUUCGUUAAAAGAAUAACUAUUUGUAUAUAAAGACAUGCCGGGGUUCACUUUAAUUUCCCUCCACCGAACUUGCCAAGUUUUGCACCGCUUUUAAUAGCGCACGUCGUGGAUGUUUAUUUUUUUUCUUUCUUCUCUUUUCUUUUUUUUUUAUUCUUUUUUAAUAUUUCUAUUUCUUUCCCAUUCGUCUCUUCCUUUCUCGGGUUCUUCUUCGAGGUGCGCGCCGGGGCGAGCGAAGCGAGGGUCAAGAAAAUGUGCUUUAAUUAGACUUUAAGAGCAUUGCGACAUUGUUGCGUUCAAUCCGCGUUUAACGACGUAAGUCCAAUGCGGCUUCGAGUCUGGCUGCGCAGUAUUAAUUAAUUAAUUAACGAGGACUCAGGAUUGUUUCCGUGCGAUUCCUCGAGAUGACCUCGCGAGGACGAGUUUCGCCACCUCCCCGAAAUCUAUAUAUAUAUACACACACACACACAUACAUUGCUAUUAUUUAAAUAAAGUAUCAUUAAUUAUUGUAAUCGCAAAGUCUCGGCGUCACUAAAGUAGCUUCCCGAGGCACUUAUCUUUCACUAACCGAGCUUCCGCUAAUUCCUAACUAUUCUUUAUCUUUCUCUCUGUCUCUCUCUCUUUUCUUUCUACCACUUCCGAGGGGCACGCUGCGAAUUUGUUUAAUAACUAUCUCGGUGUAAAUAUUCCGGGGGAAUGAAUUUCAGAACGGGCCGACGAAACGAGGGAAUCGAGAAAAGGCUCGGUCGGUCGCGUGAAUCUUAAUCUUAUGUUUAUUAUUUUAUUUUAUUUUAUUAAGAUUCCAAGGUCGUGGGGAGUUUGGUUGACGGAAGAUGUGCCACUUGUUAUCUUUACUUUGGCAAUCCGGAAUCAGGACUGUUAUCUCGGUGGUGUUGUUGAUAAUUCUAGCGACUUGUCGGUCCACUUAUUUUUUCUUUUUUCGGGGCGAUUUAAUUUCCGACUUCUUUGAUAAGGUAUCAUCCUAUUUAUUUCAUUUCCACCCUUUCAGACCCAUCUGUAGCGAGCGGAAGACGUGUUAGGGUAAAGCGAAAAAUGACAACGGGACGAGAGAUCACGGUCGGUGCGCAAGUGGAGCAAUUAGGCCCCCGAUACGCGGUCGAUAUGUAAGUUCUCUCACGGUGUAAGUACAUUUUCUCGAAGAGGGGACUCCCACAGAAAUGGGGGAAGCCCGCGGUCCAUUCUAAGAAGGGAAUCACCGGAAAAGAUCUCAGUAGUCUCUACCAUUACUUUCGGAGAAGAAAUCCGUCUGCCGGGCCGAGUGCACCCUUAACUUAAUUGCCUCGAUUUUACCCUGCAAUUAUUUAUAAUCCCACUUCCGACGCGUUUCGGCGGUAGAAAAAAGAAACCACGGGAAACGUGUCGGGAAUGUGCGGAGGAGGAAGACGUCGAGAGGGAGAGGUCGGCUAUUUUUUAUAACAAAUCAAAACUUAAAAAUACAUCCAAUCGUGAAGUAUUCCUGUACGUCCUUAAUGUUAAAACCUAGCUGUAGGAUCAAUUAAUUAAUUUUAUUAAGCCGUAAUAAAUUGGUCCCGUAAAAAAUGAGUGGCCU